AUGAGUGAUUAUAACUUGCAAUUCAUAGGCAAUGUAUCUGAAGUCAAUGAUAGCCAAGAUGUAGGCCAACACACACAAAAUGAUGAUAAAGGUGAAGAAAUUCUUAUGAGGAUGAUUAGGGGAGAUUAUAACAUGACACCAAACCAUGCUGAUUGCGCGGUGAAUGAGAUGAAUGCAUCUAGAGGAUCUGUUAAUAGAAAUAUCGGAGAUAUGAGAUCAAAAACUGGACAUGGGACCAGGAAGAGGGCUGGAAAAAUCAAGAAAAAGAGGGGUAAAAAUAAGGUUAACUUUGCUCCUUAUGGCCCUGAGAAGAUGCUGUUUAACAAGUUUGGGCAGCCGGUUGCACUAGCUGAAACUGUUGCAAGGUUCUCAAGGGACCGGAAGGGUUGAAAGUGCAUGGG